GUGGUUAGGGAUGAAAGAUGAGAGCGCGGAUGUCGGAUGCUGCAGCCGCAGUGUUGUGGUCGCUGUCCGCGGUGCUGAAAGCUGCACACAGCCCCAAGCCUCUACUGCAAACGAGUGCAACUUGUGGAGCUCAGAGCAGCCUGUUGUCUUUUGCAUUAACACUGUUUUGUAAGAAAGAAAUGCAUACAGUUUUUAUUUAUGUACAAGCAAGGAAAAGCAAUCACGCACAGUAACGCAAAAAACACAAACACGAGCUAUUAAACAUCUAUGCAGACAGAAAAAAAAAACAGUACGCCAUUACAUUAAACAGUCCUGGCAGGGUUUAUUGGGUUUAUUGGUCAUGUUGGGUUUAUAAAAUCACUCUAGACGCACAUUCAGCAAUGGAGAUGUUGCAGCACGCUUAAUGGCGGAUUGAUAUUAGGAGAAGAUUAGCGGCUUGGUUGCUUCUGUAGACGAUAUUUCCCAUAAACAUUAGUUAUUUAGCAUUAGUGUUUAACAGCAAUCCAUUUACAAACAGCUCAGUCUCCUGCUCAGACUGUUUUACCGCAUCGGUCUUCAGGACAAUCGCCUCUGCGUCACAUUCCCUCUUGCCCAUUUUCGGAGGGGGAAACCCCGUCACAUCCUCUGCCCAUAUUUGGGCAGCAGCGGACCGAAGUCGGUACACGGCGGGGAAUCCUCGAGCCGACGUAGAUGAGCGAGAGGCGGAGUCCCGGUUAAGACGACCGGUAUAAAAGAGGGACGAGGGAUUCCGGUAAACGUAGCGACGGCGAAGAGCAACCGAAGACCCACCGAACGAUCUUCGCCUAACGGGAACGCACAGGGAAUCCCGAAAACCCCAAACCCUGAGAUUGAUUACUUCUCACGCACACGCUGGCGGAAUUGAUCAUUUGAUCCGUGACUUGUGGAUUUGCACAGCACUUUUGAUUUUCGCGACGGGAUUUCACCACCAAAGGAAGCAUUAUGAUCAGUACAGUGGACUUCAGCGCGCUGGACUUUCUCUGCGCAGCGACGGAAAACGGCGCUCAGACCGAGCGUGAUGCCGACUUUGAGGGGCUUUUGAAGCCUAAAGUUGAGCAGCCGGAUCCUGCUUUCUUCGCAGACCUGAGUGAGAGCUCGGCUGACGGGCUGCCUCCUUCCCCGCUGACAUACACCGGCACCUUCCACACCGAGACAGCAGCGUGCAGCGCGGACGCUCUCCUAAACAUGAUCACGGAGAUCGUGGGCAUCUGCACAAAUCCCAUAUAUGACAGCCACCGCGAUGACUUCUCGCAGUCGGUGGCGAGCGCGAGCUCCCGCGGCAGCGCGCUCUACAGACAGGGCUCGGUGGGCUCCACGGCCAGCUCCACCCCCUCGCUGGGAUCCCCUGAGCCCCUCUGCAACGAUCCCUCAGACGACUUCAAGGAUAUGGCGAGCCUGCAGCAGCUGUUCCCGGUGACUGUUAAAAAGGAGCGCGAGGACGACUACCGAGGGUGCGACUUCUUUGAAGAGUUGAGUGUGUCAGACACCCGUUUCUCAGAUCAGGACGCAGACCUGGACGACAUCAUCGACCUGCUUUCCCCACUCUGCCCCGAGACGGACUCUCUGGACACUUCUGCUUUGGACACUUGGAUAAAACAGGAGCCAUUUUGCGUCGAGCAGUGCUCACACAGCGCUCCCCUGAGCACCACAUCAAACCAAGCUUCCGCCACCACUCCAUCCACUCUUACCGGAAACGCUUUCUACAGGGCAGCCUUCCCCAACGGCCAGGUGUUUGAUCUGAACUGCUCCUCGGUGCUGGACUCUCUGCUCUUCUCUAACUCUUCAACCACCAGAAGCCGAGGCCAAUCGACUAAAACGGGCACCAGGAAGGGCGCCCCGCGUGAAAAACCCUUUUCCUGCCCGGUGGAAAACUGCGAUCGUCGCUUCUCGCGCUCCGACGAGCUGAACCGCCAUGUGCGCAUCCACACCGGCCACAAGCCGUUCCAGUGCCGGGUGUGCUUGCGGUGCUUCAGCCGCAGCGACCACCUGACAACACACAUGCGCACGCACACUGGUGAGAAGCCCUUCUCGUGCGACGUGUGCGGUCGCCGCUUCGCCCGGAGCGACGAAAGAAAGAGGCACUGGCGGGUGCACCUCAAGCAGAGGGAGAGGAUGCAACAGAAGGCCGAGCUCCUGGCAGCACGCGCUUUCGCCUUACCGGGCCUCGUGUGAGCGCGCGCUAUUGAGAACUAACCCUUUGUGUUCACCCGCUCUGAAAGAAAGCCUCUGGUUAAAGUAAAGCCCAGUUCACCUGCGCGAGCCGGUGCAUGGAUGGAAGUAGCGCGAAGCUGAAAGUUGCAAUCCCGCAACACUUUGGGGACUGGUUGAGGAGAAAAGUGGCGCGAUUGUUGCAUCACAUCCGGUGGAUUUCCGGCACGCAGGCGCCGCGCUGUUAUCGCUUUUACGAGGUCAUAAUCAAGACUGCACAUAACUUGAACUCUCCAUCGAGUGUCGUUUUUUUUCUUUUAUGCUGUUAACGAAAAUGCAUGUUUCAUUCAAAAUGUUAUUAAUACCUAAAGUUUGGCAGUGCUAGGCCAUGUCAGCAUGCACAUGAUCCAACUUUCUAUGGUCUCCAUGUUGUGUUUUGAUACUUCAUUGUGUAUAAAUCCGAAAACUAAAGAAGCCUAUAUUUGUAUAUUUUGGAUGGUUAUUUUUCUACAGAACACACACGAGAGAAGAAUAUCUUCUUAUAGAUUUUAUCAGAUUGUUGUAUUCAACUUUUUGACACUGGAGCGAGCUUGACUGGUUCCCUGCGAACCAAAUGCAGACGAAGACAUCAACAUAGUAGUUGAAUUUCAGUAGCACACUUAGUUGUGCAGAUAUCUUUUUUUCUGUCUAUUUGCUUUAAAAACAAAAAACAAAAAAAAAAAAAACAAAUGAAAUGUUGUGAAAUGCCACGCUGUUUAAAGCCUAAUGGAUAUUCCAAAUAAUUUAUGA